GGAGCAUCGCGAAGACGCAGGAGUGAGAAGAGAGAUAAGACAGCGGGGAACUUUACGGACUUUUCUGUUGCUUCUUUCUGGAUAUGCACAUGACAUGUUGAGCAGAAAAGGCUCCAACGCGGGGAUGAUGGCCGUGGCACCAGCCGGAGUGGACCGCAGCAGGGUCGGGGAGCGGCUGCACGCUGCUUUGGCCGGGCUGCAGGAGCUCCAUCUGCUCCGGGACAGGCAGAGCGAGAUGGUGAGCUGGGCGCUGCGGGCGGACCGAGAGGAGCCGGUCACCUCGGUGCACCACAGUCCGGAGGACCCACGAGUCAUGGGAGCCGAGGAACAGCGGCUGGAGGCGACACUCACAGCGCUCAAACAGCAACUGUCUCGCCUUCGAAAGCAGGAUGUGGGGCUGAAGACUCACUUGCAGCAGCUGGACCAGCAGAUAAAUGAGCUGAAGUUGGAUGUGAACAAAGCGGAUCAGCAAGAGACAGACAGCCGCCCAAGUUCAGGUUUCUAUGAACUCAGCGAUGGUGGAUCCGGAUCUCUGUCCAACUCAUGCACGUCGGUGUACAGCGCGUGCUUGUCAUCUCCGCAAACAACGUUACCCGCGAACCCCUCAAAUAUUCACAACGAGCCACAAAACCAGGCGGACGUGUCCCGUAGACGCUCGGCAGACGAGAGCACCGCCCAAACCACUGCGCCGAGAGUCAAAGGCGGUUUACACUUAGGCAGCAGUCGAAUCCGUGCCAAUACUGAAAAGGCUCGCCCCAGACCAGUGUCAACAGGUGAUCUGGAUAGGAUGAUGGGGCAAAUGCAGAAUUACAGCAAGCCAGUGGAUACAAGCAAGCCUAUCGCAAGCCAAAACAUUCAAAUGGACUCAAAGUUUCAUAGUAAUCUUGUAUCGCGUACUGGAGCAGAGAUGUACCAAUAUCCAAGUCCCCUACAUGCAGUCGCUCUACAGAGUCCAAUCUUUUCCCCAAACUGCGAAACCCCAAAUAAUGGACUUUUAGAAGGACCUCUUGUGAACGGGAGCAGCUCACUCCAAAGACCGGCCAAUUACGACACUAAAACUUUUGGUUACAUUGACAAAAUCCUUCAGCGUAGCUUCAGUAAACUCAGCUUCGAAUCUGGCUCGGACACGCUCUCAUCCCAGCAUUCACACAGGAAGCCGUCGGAAGUUGUAACGGUAUUUCCUGAAGUUUCCCAAAAAGAGGUGUCAGCUCUACCACCACUGCCCCCACCUCCUGCCCCGGCCCCGACAGCCCCACAGAUCACAAACGUCCCAGCACAGGGCAAUGACCAAAAGAGGCACUACCCCGGUCAGGAGACAGCUGAUAACACAAACAAGUACAAACAGUUGCUAAGACCUCACGAAGUCUCACACCGCCUGUCUUUCCCAGCUGACACGCGCGAGUACAGCUCAGACGAAGUCACCACCUCCACCCUUAAGAAAGUCAACAAACUCCCGAUGCAGUACUCAAGCUUGUCCAGAAGCCAUUCGGAUUACAGAAGUAGCGAUAAUACCGAACCGAGACAUGAUAGGAAAGGGCAAAAGCAAAGAUCGGUUAUAUCCCAAAGUUCUAGCACAGAAGAAGGGCAUAGUUUCGAAGCUCCCCACAGCACCUCUCCACAAUUUGUCCAUGCGCAAUUCGUACCAGCUGGCUCCCAAAGAGUUAAGGUGCGACAAGCAGAUCGUAAAACCAAAAAUGUGAAGCUUAAAAAGAAGAAUGUGGAGAAGCCAAGGAAGCAACAGCAUGGUUACUCCUCUGGUGAGAAGUCAAAGGAUUCAAGUAACAGCAAAUCGGAUCAUAAGAAGUCUUCAAAGGGUAAGAUCACGCAAAAGUCACCUGUUUAUUUAUCAGACGAGCAUAGGCGAGGAUCAGGGUCAGAUUCGAGUCACUGUAGCGCAGGACUUAUGUACACGCAAAAAAUCCAUGCUAAACCUCAACCAAAUGCAGCUGUUGGCAAAUCUACCAAAAACCACCGCAAACCCCAAAAUAUGGAGUACGAGGUUGAUCAGAGAAAGAAGCGUCAGGGAGACAGGCAAGUUGACAUAUGCCAGGCGCAGAUGUCUUAUCGGCAAAGGUCAAGAGAGGCCCCCAUUCCAAAUAUGCACAUGGUCAGGAGUGUGAGUUCGAGGACGGGACAGUGGGUGCAACAACCACAACGCCACUUCCCAACUUCGAUGUCUGUGAAUUCCUUCCAUCAAAAUCUCAACGCUAGAUACCCUGCUGCUCCUUACCACAUAACUAGCAGGUACCCGCCCCGAUGUGAGUCCGAGUAUUCCGCAGAGUGUGCUUCACUUUUCCAUUCAACCAUCGCGGCGAGCAGCGACGGAGAAAUGAGUGACCAUACAACGAAUAGAUUUGGAGAUAGUGAGUCCAGUCAAAGCUACCAGUCGUUUUCAGACUCAGAUAGUAGCUUGUCUUUUGAUGAGGAGGAGGAUUUUCUGGAUGAGGAUGGGAGUUUGGUUUGGGCCAAUGCCGCUAUGGGACCUACAACAGCGGGGCGCCCAGUGCAGCAGCAACAGCAGGCCCCACCACCACGAUCGGCUCCUUCAUCUUGCAGAAUUAAAGCUUCGCGAGCCUUAAAAAAGAAGAUCAGAAGAUUUCAGCCAGCGUCUUUAAAGGUUAUGACUCUGGUGUAAAGCCAAACACAGACUUCAGAAAGGAUGAUUUGACUUUUCAAAAUACUUCAAAUCAUACUUUAAGGGUGUGUUCAUACUGUACUAUCCCAGGACUGAAACUGAAACUGAAACUCGAGUAGGACUAACCCAAGACUAAAAGAACCAAAGCAAGUCUACAUCAGAACUGACUAACUAAACUUGGCUAAAAUCCGGACAAAUGUGACCACACCCUAAAAAUGUUCGGCCCAAUUUUUGGUCGAAAUGUUGUUGUAUGUUAAUAAGAUUUGCAUUGAGAUACACACUUGGGAAAGACUUCAGAAAACAUUUUUUUUUUCUAAAUGCUUCAAAUAAUCUUGUAAGAACCCUUGGUUGACUUAUACUUUAUCCGUGCACUAUUCUGAAUAUGUUGAUAGGGUUUGAAUUGAAACAGCACACUGUAUAGUAAUAACAUUUAUAUCAUAAUUAUUGUAACGUGUACAUAUGUAUAAUCACUUUUGGUUGCAUUUAAUUUCAAUUUGUCAAAUAUAAUCAGUACUUUUAUGUAAACCAAUCUUUUUUUUUUAUUGCAAAAUGUUUAUCUUUAUUACUCAUUUGCUUUGAUUAUAACGUUGUGCUGGAAAUAAACAGGUUUAAUAUACAUUCAAAUGCCUUAUUGUCCAUCUGUACCCAUAUGUUGGUUGGGAAGCUAAUUAAACUGGCUGUUAUCCUGGGUCGAUCUAUGGUAUUAGGAGCUAAAUUGCAGUGCACUCCAGGGACCUGUUUUGAAAACCCCCCACUGCUGAAAAUGUCUGACUCAGGCUAAACACUUGGGCUCAAAUAGCUUUUAACCGCUCCUUAUCUAGUUUCCUGAGUUGUUAGUUACUUCUUCAAUUAUCAACCCAGACAGUAAUGUUUAAUUAGAGGGAGAAACUUCUCAGACAUCCUGCAAACAUCCAAGUACUAAAAUUCAC